AUGCAGAAGAAGAUGCCGCACAGCUCUAGGCCCUGGGCUAAUCACGUUCGUCUAAUUGGGACGGCACAAGCACAUUAUAUUACCAGUCGCAAAAAAAGCACAUUAUAUUACCCUGGAUUCAUACUAUGGAACGAAUGUCGUGUAAGCUGCACUGACAUCACCAUCGGAGAAUUCCACGUCGCGGCGAACGUUCAGCUAAAAGACUCGGACGCCAGCUUCCUACUUACAGUGGUGUACGGACCAUCGUGUCGUCGUGCGGACAAGCUACGCUUUCUUGAUGAAUUAAAAGCGCUAAAGCCAGCACCAAGCAUGCGGUGGCUCAUCACGGGCGAUUUCAACCUCAUCUAUAGAGCUGCAGACAAAAACAACAGGAACCUAAGCCCACGCCUAAUGCGCCACUUCCGUGAGGCACUAGAUGAGUGUGAUCUGUCUGAAAUUAGCCUUCAGAACAGGAAAUUCACUUGGAGCAACGAGAGGCAACGACCCACAAUGUCAAGACUCGACCGCUUUUUCUGUAACGCAGAAUGGGACGCUACCUUCAGCAACCACCAUGAGCCGUUUCAUCCUCUGGUAGACAAAACGGUCAGCAAGCUCACUGCUUGGAAUGGGCGCCAAAUUAACCCAGUAGGUCGCUCCACUCUGGUUAAAGCGGUCCUUACUUCACAAGCAGUCUACUUCCUCACAUCCCUCCGUGCACCAAAAGAGACAAUCAAGGACAUCGAUCGGCAGAGGAAGAGGUUCCUGUGGGCAGGCGCUGAGACGCUAACAGGAGGAAAAUGCAAGGUCAAUUGGCCGAGGUCAGCUAGACCCAAAUAUUCUGGAGGCUUGGGCAUCCUCCAUCUAGGGAAGUUUGCAAGGGCAUUAAGGUUGAGAUGGCUAUGGCGACAAUGGUCAGCAAGUUCUGAUGGUACUCUUGGGGAUGAAACCCCAUGUAACACGACCGAUCAGCUCCUUUUUGCGGCAUCCACAACAUUAACAAUAGGAGACGGAAAAAGAGCAUUGUUCUGGACGAGUGCAUGGCUAGACGGCCAGCGGCCAUGCGACGUAGCGCCGCACCUCUUUGCCAUCUCCAGAAGGAAAAAUAGAACUCUGCAACAGGCACUCCUUGAUAAUAAUUGGAUUCGCGACAUCAACCUUCAGCAUCAUAGUUUCUCUGCCCAGCACUUAGCUGAAUACACACAUCUAUGGCAAGCAACUAGGCGCAUAAUUCUAAGAACGGGCACGCCAGAUAACUUUUCCUGGAAAUUUGAGGAAAAUGGUGAAUACACAACAUCCUCUGCUUACCAUGCCCAGUUUAUUGGUGCAACCAAAAACAACUUUGAGGCACUCAUUUGGAAACCUUGGGCACCGCCUAAAUGCAAAUUCUUUAGUUGGCUUGCGAUUCAAAACCGAGUUUGGACCACUGAUAGAUUGGAAGCUCGGAGGUGGCCAAACCAAGGAACCUGCACACUAUGCCGGCUUCAUGCGGAAACAGGCCCGCAUCUUUUCAGGGACUGCAGAUUCACGAAGCGCCUCUGGAAGGAAAUUGCCACCUGGGCACAAAACUCCAACCUACACCCGAGUGCAUGGCCACAUAGCGAGACACUUGAGAAGUGGUGGACGGCGAUGUCAAAUGCGCCGAGUACGAGGAGGAAAGGCCUACGUUCGCUCAUUAUACUAGUUUGUUGGGAAGUUUGGAAGGAGAGGAAUUCGAGAGUUUUUGAGCACACAGAAUCCACCAAUUUUAUGGUUCUUCAGAGAAUCAAAGGCGAGGCGAGACUGUGGAUCUUGGCGGGAGCAAAGCACCUCUCUACUUUCCUUCUUCCACAACAACUUCUCUCCUAG